AUGGCGGUAGGAGAGAUCUACAAUCUGUCUCAAAACAUUCAAGAAGACGACUUGCAACACCUUCAACUCUUCACAGAAUACGGUCGUUUGGCACUCGAAGAUUCCGCCGCCAAACCGUUCCAAUCGUUGCUAUUCCUGGUCCGUGAUUGGUCGUUCCCUUAUGAAGCGGAAUUCGGAUUUCAAGGGGGUCAACGAGUAUUGGAUAGACGGCUGGAAGUGUCAGAGAAACAGCAUGCCGAGUUACAACAACUCAGACAACACAUUCGAUCGUGUUUCGAGGAUAUUCGAUGCUUUUUGAUGCCACAUCCUGGACUCAAAGUGGCGACCAACCCGAAUUUCGAUGGAAAACUUGUUGACAUCGAAACGGAAUUCCAACAACAACUCGGCGUAAUGAUUCCACGUCUUUUGGAUUCUCACGCGUUGGUUCAUAAGGAGAUUAACGGACAGAAGAUGACGUGUCGCGAGUUAUUGGAGUACUUCAAGGCCUACAUGCGCAUUUUCAAGGGCCAAGACCUUCCGGAGCCAAAAUCCAUGCUAAUGGCCACCGCCGAAGCCAACAAUCUCGCUGCCGUCGCCUCGGCUCGUGCCGUUUAUCAACGUGAAAUGGAGGAAGUCUGCGGAGGAGAUACUCCAUACAUGUCCACAAAUGAACUACUCGAACAACACGAACGCGUCAAAUCCGUCGCCAUUCGCGAAUUCAGAAACGCCCGAAAAAUGGGCGGAGUCGAGUUUUCGCUCCAAUUUUUGGAUCGGUUGGAGAGCGAUCUGCAGGAAUCGUACGAAAACUAUCUGAAAGUGAAUAACGGAAAGAAUUUGUUCAAAUCGAUGCGUACACCGACAGUUCUCGUCACUUUGAUGAUCAUUGACUACAUCUUCCAAGAAUUCUUCCAGUUGAUCGGUUUGGAUGUGAUUGCUGGACUCUGCUCAUCGGUAUUGUGCAUUGUGAUCGGUGCUCUCGGCGUGUGGGCGUACUCUCGUUAUUCUGGACAUUUGCGUGAGGCUGGUGGAUAUGUUGACGACGCUGUGACGUACGUGUGGACCAACUUCAUCUCUCCAAACGCCAAUCAUCUCGGACCACUGGGCGGAGCGAUUCAAAUGGGCGAAGCGAUGACUGGAAAUCGGACUGCAAAUGCCACGUCAUCGGAUGGCAUCAAAAAGAGACAAUAA